AUGGAGAGCCAUCACAUCCAUGUGGACAAAGAGGCUCUUAAGAGAAUGUCAGACCUGUUGGGGACUAAGAUGAAGCAGUUGGAGCAGGAGGCCCACAGAGCAGCAGGACAAAUAUUCCUGGUCACCAGCAACACUCAGCUUCGAACAGUUUUGUUUGAGAAGCUGCGGCUCCAUGAGCGCUGCGAGAACAAGAAACUUCCCAAGACCAUCAACAAACAGCAGCAGUCGACAUCAGAAGCCGCAUUGUUGCAGCUUCAGGACCUGCAUCCUCUUCCAAAGAUCAUUCUGGAGUACAGACAGAUUCACAAGAUCAAGUCCACUUUUGUUGAUGGGAUUCUCUCAUGCAUGAUGAGUAAGAACUACAUUUCCUCAGCGUGGUACCAGACGAGCGUUGUGACUGGGAGAAUCUCGGCAAAACACCCA